AUGAAGUUCUCUGGUCUUGUCUCCGGCCUCAGCCUUGGUCUUUUGACUGCUGUAUCUGCCAGCCCAGCUGCCUUUCCCGCUCCAGCCUCGAUCCCUGACCCUGUACCUGCUGCACCUGUCUCGCCUGUUUCGCCAGCUGUUGAAGAACGAGCAGCCAAGGUCACCGUUGCUGUUCCUUCCGGCACAGUUGUUGGAUCCAGCUCUGGAAAGGUUGAUUCUUUCAGAGCCAUCCCUUUCGCCGAUCCACCUACUGGUUCUCUACGUCUCAGACCUCCCAAAAGACUAUCCAAGCCUCUGGGAACUUUCGAUGCUUCGGGUCUUAAUUCUCCAGCAUGUCCUCAGAUGUUCAUCUCGACUGGUGGCCAGGAUGUCAUCUCGGAGUUUCUGUCUGACUUUCUGGCUAUCCCCUUCCUGACACCCAUCACUGGCCAAGAGGACUGCCUUACCAUUACCGUUCAGCGUCCUGCUGGUACCAAAGCCGGUGAUAAGCUUCCUGUUCUCUUCUGGAUCUUUGGUGGUGGCUUCGAGUUGGGCUCUAGUGCUAUGUAUGACGGUACAAGCCUUUUGUCCACAGCCAUAGAUCAGAAGCAGCCUUUUGUGUACGUUGCUGUCAACUACCGAGUCGCUGGCUUCGGAUUCAUGCCUGGUGCUGAGAUUAAGAAGGAUGGAAGCUCCAACCUGGGUCUCCUCGACCAGCGUAUGGGACUUGAGUGGGUUGCUGACAAUAUCGCAUCCUUUGGUGGUGAUCCUGAAAAGGUCACUAUCUGGGGAGAGUCUGCAGGUUCCAUCUCUGUGCUUGAUCAGAUGGUUCUCUACGGUGGUGAUGCCAACUACAAGGGCAAGUCCCUUUUCCGAGGCGCAAUCAUGAACUCUGGCACUAUUGUGCCGGCUGAGCCUGUGGAUAGUAACAAGGCACAGGCUAUCUACGACACUGUUGUCAAGACAGGAGGUUGUUCUGGUGCUUCCGAUACUCUGGAAUGUCUGCGCGGCCUGAGCUAUGACAAGUUCUUGAACGCUGCAAACUCCGUCCCAGGACUGCUGUCAUACAACUCUCUGGCUUUGUCCUAUCUUCCUCGACCAGAUGGCAAGGUUCUACCCGAUAGCCCUGAUGUGCUUAUUUCAACAGGACAAUACCACGCAGUGCCCAUGAUCACCGGAUGUCAGGAGGACGAAGGAACACUUUUCGCACUGUUCCAGCCCAACGUGACUACUACAUCCAGGCUGGUCGACUACUUGCAGAAGCUGUACUUUAGUAAAGCCACAAAGCAGCAGGUGACUGCUCUGGUCAACACAUAUCCCACCACCCUCAGCACAGGCAGUCCCUACCGCACAGCCUUACUCAACGAGAUCUUCCCAGGUUUCAAGCGCCGUGCAGCCAUCUUGGGCGAUCUAGUCGUCUCCCUCACCCGCCGCAUCUUCCUCCAAGCUGCUGCCAAUAGCAACCCAGACGUUCCAUCAUGGUCGUACCUCGCAAGCUACAAUUAUGGUACACCUGUCCUCGGAACAUUCCAUGCUUCCGACCUUUUGCAAGUGUUUUACGGUCUUUUACCCAACAACGCUAUGCGAAGUGUCCGAACGUACUACUUCAACUUUUUGUACAACCUUGAUCCCAACAAGGGCAUCACCACGUAUGCCAAGUGGCCCGAGUGGAAGGAGAGCAAGAAGCUCAUGUGGUUCGAGACGGCGAAUAAGAACAGCAUUAUCAACGACGACUUUAGACAAGAUUCGUACAAGUUUAUUUCGGAGAAUGCGAAUGUCUUAGUUGUAUAA